AUGAGGGUAACUGUGGCAAAUGCGAAGAUACGAAAAGAUGGGGAAGAGGCGUUCUGGGACACUGGAAACUCAUCGUUUGUUUUCGCUGCUGGUUAUGCAUUUGCAAAACAAGAAAAAAUUGACCCAUUUGUGUUCGAUGUAAAUCAUAUAACUGAUCUGGUGUGCCUGUCCACCGUGACAGCAUCAGCAGGUACGACCUCAAACACAACUGUCUCAGUUGUGCCACCUGUGGAACAGCCAUAUCCGGUGUCACUUCAUCAGCAUCAGCCUUCCGUGCAGCUACUGCGGCCACACUGCAUGGAGCCUACUGUGUCUGCACCUCAAAUCCAACAGCAAUCUGGUCUAUGGCCACUUCGCACAGCGCCUCCACCACCUGUGCCUCCACUAAAACAGCAAUCUGGUCUACGGCCACAUCGCAAGGCGCCCUCACCACCUGUGCCUCCACUAAAACAGCAAUCUGGUCUACGGCCACUUCGCACGGCGCCUCCACCACCUGUGCCUCCACUAAAACAGCAAUCUGGUCUACGGCCACUUCGCAAGGCGCCUCCACCACCUGUGCCUCCACUAAAACAGCAAUCUGGUCUACGGCCACUUCGCAAGGCGCCUCCACCACCUGUGCCUCCACUAAAAGAGCAGUCUGGUCUACGACCACUUCGCACAGCGCCUUCACCACCUGUGCUACUAAAACAGCAAUCUGGUCUAUGGCCACUUCGCAAGGCGCCUCCACCACCUGUGCCUCCACUAAUACAGCAAUCUGGUUUAUGGCCACUUCGCACGGCGCCUCCACCACCUGUGUCUCCACUAAAACAGCAAUCUGGUCUACGGCCACUUCGCAAGGCGCCUCCACCACCUGUGCCUCCACUUCAACAUUUAUAUAGUCUAGAGCCACACCGGAAGGCGCCUCCACCAACUGCGCCUUCCCAUCAACGAUGGCAUAUCAUACCAUCACUUCGUAAUGUGCUACGCCCCUUGCACCUUCUCUCCAAGGUCUUCUACCGCACUGCCAGUGCCUAA